GUGUGAGCCGAGAUUGUGCCACUGCACUCCAGCCUGGGCAACAAGAGCAAAACUCCAUCUCAAAAAAAAGAGAAACCUCAGUGAAAUGAAAGACUGAACUACACACCUGGGGGAAAAGCCUAAUAAAGGGAGCAAGAAGUCCAAAUGCCUAUGGCAGGGGACUUGUUUGAGGAAAGAAAGAAGCCUUGUGUGGCUGGUGCACAGUCGAGAAGAAGAGAUGAAGUCAGAGAGGCAGUUAGGGUCCAUGUUCUGUGAGACUUCAAUAGGCCUGUCUAUGCAGGUGAGGAGUUUGCAUUGUUUUGAUUGAGUUGGGGAGCCAUGGGGGUCUUCUGAACCAAGGACCAACACAUCUGACUUGUUAAUGAGAUUGUUGGCCUCAGUGUUGAGAAUGGACCAUAACGGGGUACGGUUGGAAGUUGGGAGGCCGUUGCAAAAAAUUCAAAGGAGAAUUACGGUUUGACCAGGUGGUAGUAGUAGAGGUUGUGAGCAGUGAUCUUGAAGGUAGAGCCUACAGAAUAUGCUCAUGGAUUAGAUGAGGGGUUUAAGGGAGCGAGAACCUCUUAAAGGGUUAUUAUGGCAAGGCUUUUGGCCUGAGCAACUGGCAGGAUGGAUUUGCCAUCAACUGGGAUGAGGAUAUCUAGAGACUAGAUUUGGGGAGGUGAGAGUGCGGAGGGAUUAGGACUUCUGUUUGGGACAUGUUAAAAUGGAGAUGCCUCUCAGAUAAUCAGGUGCGGAUGCUGCAUAGAAAGUAGAAAAUGUAGAUGAGGAGUUCAGAGGAGAGGUCUGGGCUGAAGAAUGAAUAUUUGGGAGUCCUCAGCCCGUAGAUGGUAUUGAAAGCAAAGAGACUGGAUGUACUCGGCUAGGGAGUAACUGGAGAUGGAGAAGUCGUUCUAGGCCUGAGCUCAGGGCACACCCAUGAACAGGGAGGUGAGAAGUGGAGAAGGGAAGCGGUUCGGUUUUGGAUAUGUUAGGAUUGAGGUGCCUGGCAGACAUUUCUGGGAGAUCCUGGGCAAAUCCUUGGAUAUCCAAGUCUGACAGUCCAAGGUGAGAUUAGGGCAGAAGAUGCACUUUGAGUGGUCCUCAUGAAGGCAUUUAGAGCUGAGGCACUGGGUGAUAUGGAUUCCUGUGAAGGUGUAGAUGGAGAAGUGGAGGGUCCAGGGACUCAUUCUUGAGUCACCCCAGACCCUUGAUCGGGCAACAGUGAGACUGACCCAGCAAGGAGGGAAAGAUAGGACGACUAGGUGGUAGAUAAACCUGGAAGUGAAGUGAAGAAAAAGGUGUAAGAUGUGAUCAACCUUGUCGGAUUCUGCUGAGGAUGCAAGUACGAGGAAGGUGGAAUUGACCCUUGGGUUUGGCAACAGUAGGUGCCAGCCAUGAGCCUGACAAUGUGGUGGAGACAAAAAAGCCAGGCAUCAUGGACCGAUCUAAAGAAAACUGCAUUUCAGGGCCUGUUAAGCCUGCAGCUCCAGUUGGAGGUCCAAAACGUGUUCUCGUGACUCAGCAAUUUCCUUCUCAGAAUCCAUUACCUGCAAAUAGUGGCCAGGCUCAGCGGGUCCUGUGUCCUUCAAAUUCUUCCCAGCGUGUUCCUUUGCAAGCACAAAAGCUUGUUUCCAGUCACAAACUGGUUCAGAAUCAGAAGCAGAAGCAAUUGCAGGCAACCAGUGUACCUCAUCCUGUCUCCAGGCCACCGAGUCAUACCCCAAAGAGCAAGCAGCCCCUGCCGUCAGCACCUGAAAAUAAUCCUGAGGAGGAACUGGCAUCAAAACAGAAAAAUGAAGAAUCAAAAAAGAGGCAGUGGGCUUUGGAAGACUUUGAAAUUGGUCGCCCUCUGGGUAAAGGAAAGUUUGGUAAUGUUUAUUUGGCAAGAGAAAAACAAAGCAAGUUUAUUCUGGCUCUUAAAGUGUUAUUUAAAGCUCAGCUGGAGAAAGCCGGAGUGGAGCAUCAGCUCAGAAGAGAAGUAGAAAUACAGUCCCACCUUCGGCAUCCUAAUAUUCUUAGACUGUAUGGUUAUUUCCAUGAUGCUACCAGAGUCUACCUAAUUCUGGAAUAUGCACCACUUGGAACAGUCUAUAGAGAACUUCAGAAACUUUCAAAGUUUGAUGAGCAGAGAACUGCUACUUAUAUAACAGAAUUGGCAAAUGCCCUGUCUUACUGUCAUUCGAAGAGAGUUAUUCAUAGAGACAUUAAGCCAGAGAACUUACUUCUUGGAUCAGCUGGAGAGCUUAAAAUUGCAGAUUUUGGGUGGUCAGUACAUGCUCCAUCUUCCAGGAGGACCACUCUCUGUGGCACCCUGGACUACCUGCCCCCCGAAAUGAUUGAAGGUCGGAUGCACGAUGAGAAGGUGGAUCUCUGGAGCCUUGGAGUUCUUUGCUAUGAGUUUUUAGUUGGGAAGCCUCCUUUUGAGGCAAACACAUACCAAGAGACCUAUAAAAGAAUAUCCCGGGUUGAAUUCACAUUCCCUGAUUUUGUAACAGAGGGAGCCAGGGACCUCAUUUCAAGACUGUUGAAGCAUAAUCCCAGCCAGAGGCCAAUGCUCAGAGAAGUACUUGAACACCCCUGGAUCACAGCAAAUUCAUCAAAACCAUCAAAUUGCCAAAACAAAGAGUCAACUAGCAAACAGUCUUAGGAAUCAUGCAGGGGGAGAAAUCCUUGAGCCAGGGCUGCUGUAUAACCUGUCAGGAACAUGCUACUGAAGUUUAUUUUACCAUUGUCUGCUGCCCUCAAUCUAGAACGCUACAAGAAAUAUUUGUUUUACUGAGCAGGUGUGCCUUAACCUCCCUAUUCAGAAAGCUCCACAUCAAUAAACAUGACACUCUGCAGUGAAAGUAGCCACGAGAAUUGUGCUACUUAUACUGAUUCAUAAUCUGGAGGCAAGGUUCGACUGCAGCCGCCCCGUCAGCCUGUGCCAGGCAUGGUGUCCCCACAGGAGGCAAAUCCAGAGUCUGGCUGUGGGGAAAGUGACCACUUUGCCUGACCCGAUCAGUUAAGGAGCUGUGCAAUAACCUUCCAAGUCCCUGAGUGAGUGUGUAACUUAUUGGGUUGGCCACGCCUGGUAAAGCUGUUGGAAUGAGUAUGUGAUUCUUUUUAAGUAUGAAAAUAAAGAUAUUUGUACAGACGUGUAUUUUUUCUCUGGUGGCAUUCCCUUAGGAAUGCUUUGUGUCUGUCCAGCACCCUGGUAGGCCUGAUUGGGUUUCUAGUCCUCCUUAACCACUUAUCUCCCAUAUGAGAGUGUGUAAAAUAGGAACAUGUGCUCUACCUCCAUUUAGAGACUUGCUUGGGAUACAGAAGAGGCCGUGUGUCUCAGAGCUGUUAAGGGCUUAUUUUUUUAAAACAUUGGAGUCAUGGCAUGUGUGUAAACUUUAAAUAUGCAAAUAAAUAAGUAUCUAUGUC